AGGGAAACGAGCAAAGGACGAGUCAAUGGCUUAAGCACGAUCUCGAUAUUGAUGAAGAGGCAUCCGUGAAGAUUCGGUUUAAUGAAGCGUUGUAUAUAACGCAGUACGACAGGACUCAAGAUGGUCUGUGAAGGAUCCUCGGGUCUAGGCAUGGGGACGGUGGAACAAGUCAGAGCGUGCGUAUGUCUUUUGUCUUUCCCCACCAAAAGCCCAGACUUUAAUUCCCACUUUCCGGUCCACAUUAGUAUUUCCUCUUUCUCGCUCUUUUUCUCCUUUCCCGCUCUUCCUCUCCAUAAUCAAUUCUCUCUAUCUUUUUCUUCUUUUUCCCCUCUUAUUUUAUCGACAACUCAUUCUUCCUCUCUCUUUUCCUGUUCGAUCGGGUUUUCCGUCGACUUGACGCUCGUUUUUUCCCUCUUCUUUCCUUCCCCUUUCUCUUCUUCCUUCGUUCUUGUUCUUUAUCGUUCAUUCCCGGCCUGGUGCUGUCGUACUUUUUUAUUUGCUUGUUUGAUUCUUUUUUUAUCUUUCCUCCGGCUGCGCGUUUCCGCAAGGGACUUUGUCCAAUCCUCUUCUCGAGUAAGACACGCGGCGGUUGAAACUGUUCCUUCUGCCUUCCGCUGUUGAGUGUUUAUCUUCCGAUCCACUCUCCUUCCCCUUGAUCUUGAGGUACUGUCUUUACUCUACAUUCAUUCUAUUUUUCUAUUCUACAUUAUUUUAUUCAUUUCAUUUCAUUUUAUUUUCUUCUCUUCAACUGUCUACCAUCUUUCUGCCUGAAUUGCGCCUUCGUUUUACUUUCCCUCGGCUAACCUCCAACGCGAAUUCACAGCCUCCAUCCAUCAACCAACAUUCAUUUACCGUUGCAACUUGUAUUCAUCCGAUAAGGCUACGAAACGACCUGUGAAUUAAAAGAAAUACAUAGCACGAAAUCGAGCCA